UGGUGAAAACCACCGUGGUAUACACACCUCUUUCAACCUUUGCACAACAUACCUCCAUUUUACAUCACAGGCAAAACAAACCCAGCAAAGCUGUUAGAACAGAUCUCAGAGGAAGUCAUUGUUCACUAGACAGAGGUUUGCACAGUGUGACUGGGUUGGUUGAGACUUCUGCCCUUCCAGUUCUGCCCUCAUGUUGAUAUCCUACGCUGGCGGUUGUACGCUAAAUACAGGCUACUGUACCAGUCACUGGCUGGGUCUCUGGCUGGUGCUACCCAUUUCAACCCCUGCUUUUCCCCAAGGAGUAUGCAGUGAGGCCCAGUCUCAUCACAAAGGAGUCAGUAAAGGUGCUAUUCGAGUGACUCUGUAAUGUGUAUCUCUGUGCUGGCCAAACAUACCUCGCCCAAAAUCCAACUCAAAUAUAAAAGGAAAGACAAAGGCACGUAUCUGGCUCCAAGGAUGAGGACAGGAGGGAGGAGGACGUGGUCACCGUAGCACGGCGAGACACCAGGAGAUAUGAAAAUUCGACUUGACAUCCGCAUACUGUGGUGUCACCACUUCCUGUUUCGAUGACAGUUGACAAGCUAAGACUUGUCCAUCAGUCAGAUGAAUGUCCAUGCAACUGGAGGAUCUGGAGCACUGCGUCACAUGAUCUCUCCUUACUGUGUUCUGUAACCAGCUCAAACGAUAAGAGUGGAUCAUCAAGUUCAAGUGUUUUAUUGUCAGACGCACAGAACAACACAGUUCAAUUCAAACAAUUCUUAGGACAAGACAGCACAAAGCAACCUGGUAUAACUUAACAUGACAUUGGGGACCAUGGGGCCCUGGUGGUGGGGCCCGUGUGUGGUUGUGUCUUUCUGGGGGACAGUCGGAGGGACCUCGCUCGUGUCCGUGGGCCCCUGUGCGGUGGACGCUGGCACGGCGUUGUUUGACUGCAGUCAGAAAAAGCUAGCAGAAAUCCCAACAGCAAUAUGGGACAACGUCUCCACCCUGGAUCUCUCCCAAAACAACCUGGACCUAACACAGCCCCAACAUCUCAGCCAGCUCCAGAGAUUCAACCGCUUGGUCACCCUCAAUCUCACAGGCAACUACCUCCCCCUGCUGGUGAGAGGUAGUCUCUGCAGGCUCCAGUACUUGCAGACUCUGGACCUCAGUGGAUGCCAGCUGACGUCCAUUCAGACAGGAGCCCUGAGGUGCCUUCCCAGCUUACAGAGGCUGAUCUUGAGAGACAACCCUCUUCUAGAUCCUAAUCGGGUCUUUAUUCGAGACCCAGGAGCUACUUCCUGGUUCCAUGGCAACCGACGUGAUGCUGGCUCGGACGAUCGGCCGACCAGCGCCCCCAGGGGGUUUCAGACUGAGGAUCCCCAGGGAGAAGAUCGGGAGGGGUUCUCUGAAGGUGUGAACGCUGACAAGCACAGGCCGCUUCGUAGGAAACUCCUAGAAGAAACCUUGGAAGGAACCACCGUGAGCACAACCACCACCACCAAGAAUGACACGGGGGGAGUGAGCCCUUCCGCGCGGGGAUGGGAGUACCUGGUGGCUGUUGUGAUCGCCGCCAUCUCCAUCUCCAUCCUCAUCGCCGUCUUGGCCAAGUGCCAGAUGUUUCAGCGCUACCUGGCAAGCUACAGACACACGCGACUGAGCGAGGCCGACGCGGUGAGCCAGGGAGAUCCUGCCGGGCUGGAAGUGGGCUAUUCCAUGCAGCAAGGACACGCGCGGAACACGCACUCAGCCGCCGUCCGAGAGGACGAGGUUGGCGAGCACGAGGAAGACGACGACGGCUUCAUAGAGGAUAACUACAUACAAGCCAGCGAGAGAGAGCGAGCUCAGCGGGCAGCCGAGAAGCUCGAGGACACCGAAGAAGAAGGGGAAGAAGAGAUGGACGAAAUUGAAUUCACCAUUGGCUAGUGUCAGAGUUGGGAGACAUUGCGGGAGAAUGGAAGGCCAUAGUGAGCUCACUGUUCAUGUGGCUCGUUCACAGCACGUGCUUUAUGAAUGAGUCUUUAUGGGCACUAGGCAAGGCCUGCUGUGGUGGAGAAGGGGUUCUCAACCUCGGGUUGUCAUCAAGCUCUGCAGAAGCCUGAUUACAACCCAGUCAUUUGAAUCAGGUGUGUUGGAAGAGGGAAAUAAAGUGCGGGUCAGGGUGGCCCCGCAGGAGACGGGUGGGGAAAUAUGGAUGAGGAAGGAUUAACUGUUGUGGUGUUGAUGGCUAUUGAUUUUAUGUUUAAGCAGGAUUGUCUAUAAGAAAUCUUAUUGUUUAUGUAAUUUUUUGCUCAUGAAAAUCUUCAAUUAAUUAAUCAAGUGCUUUUUUUGUUUUAGUCUACUCUGUUUUCUCAGCAACAAUCAAAUUAAGUUUAUAUCCAGUUUUGCACUCCAUUGGUUACAUCUUUUUAUAUAUAUAUAAUAAAAACUGUUGAUUUUA